CUCAUUACACUAUUUCAGCACUGAGAGAAUUAGUUGUACUCCUGAUGGAAUCGUUUAGUUACAAAGACCAGUGUCCAGAUCUUGUACUUGGUCACUCAGGAAUUGCCAACCUCGUCGCAUCAUUCCGUAUUAUGUGCUAUGGCUGCCAUUCACAAAUUGUAACGGAAAUGUCUUUGGAAACGGCUCAACUUCAUUCAAAAAAUCUGUUCUUUUGCUUCAAGUGCAGGCCUUCAACAGGAGCAGAAGUGCUGUCAGACCGCUAUUGCAAAGUGUUAGUUUUUACGUCUCUUCCAACAUCACGAUCAGAAUUUGCUGCAAAGAAGGGUAGGUUGCACAACAAACCUGUUCGACUUACUAGUUCGGGAGACGAGGACAUCGCAGUUACGAAUAAACCAAUACCAAAUCAACAACCAGCUAAUAGCAAUGAGUUGAUGUACAGAUCUUUUACCAAUCUGUAUCUACUACCAACAUCUACCCGACUUACUGUGCGGCCGGCGAAUCACUCUCGCUUGUAUGAGUCGACUACGCAAGAGGGUGAUAGAAAGCUAAGUUCCCUUGCGAAUUCGUGGGAACUUAAUGAAACUAUAGAUAAACUCAAAAGCAUUCCUGUGGACCCGAGUUAUAAACUCAAGUCGGAUUACCGUUGUUUGUAUUGCGACAAAACCUUUGUUUAUAAGGCGUAUUGGAAACACCACGAAGAAAAAUUCAUGUGCAGAAAAGCAAACACAUGCAAAAUAUGUGGCAAGAUAUAUGCUCAUAGAAGUUCACUUUCCCGACAUAGGCUGGUACACACAGUUGAUGCGACAAACAAAUAAAAAACUUUUCCCAUUUUGCUGAUUAUGCAGACCUUUAAGAUUAUUGUGGUAAUAAGAUGUUCCGCCCUGUGUCUAAUAUUUAAUUGAAACAGUUAAGUGAGUGUUUCAUUUUUAUUCGAUGUGACCCGCUUUGGACUUAAUACACUAUCAUCGCCCA